UGGUUUCAUGACAAAAUGAAAUCUGCCCAAAAGGUUGAAGACUUUGGAGUGAAUCUUGUUUUAGCCUCUUGUGAUGAUAAAGAAGCCUUGAGAAGCAUGUACAAGCAAGAGUUUAUUUUCUGUGCGCAAGUGAAGGAGAGGUUGCGUAGUUCAAAUGAUUACCAGGCAUUCUUGAAGUGUCUUUAUAUUUACAGCACAGAGAUAAUCACAAAAAAAUAUUUACAAAGUUUGAUGACUUUGUUGCGUGGACUUCUAGAGAUAUUUUGGUGUAUGGAGAAGAAAUUGUACUUUUGUAUAGAAGUAAUAUAAUAUUUUUGUCAUCUUCGGCUUUUGUGCAACUAACUAUUACUGAUACAGAAAACUUUUGGCAACAAACAGAUAAUUACUAGCAUGGUAGAUAGAUCACCUUUUGUCGCCGUAUAGAUAUAUGAUUUUUGUCGUGGUACAUAGAUGUACUUUUGGCUUGGUACAUACAUCACCUUUUGUCGUGGUACAGAUUACGAUGGUAAUUUGUACCAUGCCAAAUGGUCAUUUCACAUGGUAUAGUAAAUGUAAUUUUUGUAUAUGGAGGGCUUUACUUUUUGUACGAUUCUAUAUGUUGUAUGGAAUUAUUAUUUUAGUUUGGACAAUAGUUGGUUUGUUUGUACUUGGACAGUUAAAGUAAUUUAUUUUUUGUAUACGGAUGCAGAU